GGGGCGCGUGCUGCUCGCCUGGCUCGCGCCACUGGUCGUUGCCGGCUGGUGACAUGCUUGUGAGCUGCAGACGCUGCUGCCUCCAAGGUGUUCAAUAGAUUUACUCUUCAGUAAUUACGUAUAAUAGUCAUAUAGGUAUGGCGACUUUCCAGUCUUUCAGAAACAGUCAUAUGAAGACAAGAGCAUCUGUCAGAAAGAGCUUCAGUGAUGAUGUGUUCCAGUCUGUAAAAUCUUUAUUACAGAGUGAGAAGGAACUAUGCAGUAUUUCAGGAGAGGACUGUUUAAAGCAGAAUGAACAUGCCAAUUUAACUGAGGUCACAUUUCUGGGAUUUAAUGAAGAAACAGAUGCUGCGCAUAUACAGGAUUUAGCUGCAGUUUCUUUGGAACUUCCAGAUCUUCUGAAUUCACUUCACUUCUGCAGUCUAAAUGAAAAUGAAAUUAUUUGUAUGAAGGAUAUAAAUAAAUCAUCAGAUAUAAGCAGUGGUCUUUUAAAUCAGAGUCAUCAUUCUGGAAUGCUUUGUGUCAUGAGAGUGUCACCUACAUUACCAAGACUCAGAAUCGAUUUUAUCUUUAGUCUCCUAAGUAAAUAUGCUACUGGUAUACGAUACACCCUGGACACAUACUUGCAUCAGAAGCGCCAACUUGAGACCACUAAUGAAGAUGAUGAUGAUACUAACCAGUCCGUGUCUUCCAUAGAGGAUGACUUUGUCACUGCUUUUGAGCAGUUAGAAGAAGAAGAGACUUCAAAGCUAUAUAAUGAUGGAAUAAACAUUACUACACUGAGGAGCCAGUGUGAUGCUGCUUCUCAGACUCUUUCUGGUCAUCACUUAGAACCCCGUGAUUUAAAGAUUAUGGUUAGCUCUGGACAGCAGAAGUCAUUGGCUAAACCCUCAUCUUCUUUAAUAAAUGUUCUGGGACAGAAAGAACCACCUUCUGUGAAAACUUCAGUCACAACAUCAAUUUCAGAGCCUUGGAUCCAAAGAAGUUUCUAUAGGUCAUCUAAUGCUUCAGACAAAGGUAGUGAUACCCAGAAAACGUUUUUUUCUUCUUCUUCUCCUGCCUAUUCAUCUGAAUCUGAAUGCUCAAGUCCAAGUCCUGUUAUUUUCUUGGAUGAAGAGGGAUAUCAAAAAAGUUUAAAAGCAAAACUUGAGCUGCCUAAAAUUCCUGUGAUGAAAGAUGAUGUAGAGGAUUCAGACUCAGAAGUAAGUGAAUUUUUUGAUAGUUUUGAUCAGUUUGAUGAACUAGAACAAACUUCAGAGACUUCUUGUGUAUUUAUAAAAGAUCCUGUCAUAGGGAAGUCAUCUCAGAAGAAAGGACAUAAACAUGAAAAGUCUUGUAUGAAUCCUCAGAAAUUCAAGUUUGAUUGUCCAGAUCUUCCAGCUAACGUUAGGAAACCAACUCCUCGUAAACCAGAAUCUCCAUAUGGUAACCUGUGUGAUACUCCAGAUUCUCCUCGCCCUGUCAAGGCAUCAGGGGAAGAUAGUGGUUUGUUUAGCCCUAUUCGAUCCUCCGCUUUUAGUCCUCUUGGAAGCUGUACUCCUGCUGAAUGUUUUUGUCAAACAGAUAGUGGUGGAGAUAGGAUUCAUGAAAAUCAUGAUUCUAUUUAUUACACCUAUGAAGAUUAUGCAGAUAACAUUUCAUGUGAAGUACUAGGCUCAGUUCUUCAUGCCCAACAUUCUGAUUCAAUGUCACACGUUAAUAGUACUGAAAGAGGAGAAAGUAAAACUGUGCCUUUUAAGCAUGGAAGCCUUGAUCAUGAAGAUAAACCUAAAAAUAAAUCUUCAGUGAUUAAAGAUAGCAUUCAGAGAUUUGCAUCAGAUCUGGUGGAAAAAAGUUUUGGCAGUGCAUUUAAAGACUUACAGAAAGGAGUCUCUUCAUGUACCAAUGUCUUGUGCCAUUUAGCCAUCAAAUUGACAUCAUCUGUUUUUCAGAUGGCAUUUAAUGAACUGAGAAGGCAGCGUGCAUUUUCGCUGAAAGAACGUGCCAUUAGUGGCCUGGCCAGUUUUUUGGUGAAUGAAGCCUUAUCAAAUGCCUUAAAAGAUUUACAGUAUGUAAAGAAGCAGAUAUUUACAAACACAGUUGCUAGGUUUGCUGCAGAUCUUGCUGAAGAGCUUGUUUUUGAAGGCAUCAUGGAAGUGUGUCAGUUUUCAUAUUCUCCAACACCUACAUCUCCACAGUGUCAGUCAUUUGACUUUGAAAACAAAAUAGUGAAGUCAUAUGCAAAAGACUUGUCUGAAUCUGUAAUACAGGAAGCAUUCAUUGAGCUAUCACAAGUUGAUGUGCCUUUCACAACAAAGGCAGCAGUUAGUUUAUCUACAGAUAACAUCAAGUAUGUGAGUGCAGAAAGUGUAGUACCAUCAACACAGACCUUCACAUUUUCCCCAUCUUUUAACAAUCAAGCAAUUAUGGUGACAAAACCAGUGCAGGAAUAUAAAAAGGCGUAUACAGUGCAGCAGGCCUUGUUUUGUACUUCAGGAAUUGUCACUUCCAUACCAGUGCCCUUGGCAGGAAGUGCCCUUCUCCCAUAUCAUAUUUCCUCUACUUUAUAUCAGGCAAAGUCUCAACUGUCAUCUGGUGAAAGUAAUUUAAAUGGUGAUUCUAUGCAAGCACAUGUUGCUACAAAACACAAAGAAGAAGUAGCUUGCCUCAGAAAUAUUUGUUUACCUUCAGAACACAAUCCGGGUGACCAAAAUGAUUGUAAACCAACUCAUGAUGUUGAAAUGCAAAGUUCCUCAAAAUUAACAACUGAUCCUGUGAUUAUUCGCAACUUCUCUGCAGCAAUGGUGCAUACAAUAGUAAAUGAAACUUUAGAGUCAAUGACAUCAUUUGAUGUUACAAAAGCAAUUGAUGAACACACAGAUUAUUUAACUGAAACAAUGAAGGGAAAAAUCUCUCCUUUUUCCCACUGUGAUCAAGCAACCCAACAGAGUGAAGUUAACAAUAAGGAUGUGUUUGCUGAACAGUUGUCUAAAUCUAUUAUUAAACAUUCCAUAGAUAAAAGCAAAUCAAUGAUCCCAAAUGUAGAUAAAAAUGUAGUACAUAAGGAAGGCUUGAUUGUUCCAGAAGAAGAAUCAAAGUUAACCUUAGAAAAGUUCCCCAAAUGUCUUGAGACUCAAGAUCACUUAUCUCACUGUUCAGUUUCAGUUGGAAAGGAUUGUGUUCCAGAAUAUAAAGAAUCUGUGGCUCAUGGAUUUUCUUCAGCAGCUCUACCACCUUGUACAAUAAUGGCAAGUCAAAAACCUGAUAUGAAGGAACCUGCCAGGGAUAAACCAAUAAAAAAGCAUAAUUCGAAUAAUACAGCACUUGAAGCCUUUUCUUUUGGACAGGAAAGCCCUUUUCACAACUCACAAAGUUUCUCUUCUACAGUCCUUACCUGUGCAGAUGGUUUGCAUGUUGAAGAUAAACAGAAAAUCAGAGACAGAAAUGUAACACCUGAUACUCCUCCAUCAACUCCUCUGGUACCAUCUCAAGCUAGUUCUGAGUGGGAUAUCAAGAAGUUAACCAAAAAGCUCAAGGGGGAAUUAGCCAAAGAAUUUGCACCGGCUACACCACCUUCUACACCUCACAACUCAUCUGUUUGUAGUUUGUCUGAAAGUGAACAAAAUACUAUAGAAAAAGAAGAGUUCAUGUUGAAACUCAUGCGAUCUCUUUCAGAAGAAGUUGAAAGUAGUGAAGGUGAAGAGCAUCCAGAAACGGAUGUGAAGUCAGAGCACUCAGGGAAGAAAGUCCAGUUUGCAGAAGCAUUAGCUACCCACAUCAUUUCUCUUGCAACUGAAAUGGCAGCCUCUCAUUUGGAUCAUAAAAUAACUCAAGAACCUGAGGGUCAAAGUCCUUGCUUAAAUUUACAGAGUCAACAGAUUAUAUCACCUACUCUUUUAAGUCAUUCAGAUGCAGAUUUACAGACCUGCAAUUUUGCAGGUGAUAUGGCAGCAGAGGUCAUUGCAGAAGCUGAGAAAAUAGCAAAAGUUAGAAGUUGUGUAUUUUUCAGGCAGAAGAAGAAUAGUUGUCAUAUUGAUGGAGACCAAGAUUAUAAAUUGGAAGAGAAGUUGGAAACUGAGGUUUUAGCACACCCAAGAGAAGCAGAUUCAUUUAUUCUUUCAUUACCACCAACUUAUUGUAUGCCAGGUCUGACAUAUAAGUAUCCCAGCUGUGAAAGUGUGACAGAUGAAUAUGCAGGUCAUGUUAUUCAAAUACUGAAACAGGAAGGUGGGAAUGGUGAGUUAAUAAUGGAUCAGUAUGCCAACAGGCUUGCUUAUCGAUCUGUUAAGUCAGGAUUACGUGAAGCAGCCAAGACAGCUAAAAUGAAGUACAACUCAAAAAUGUUCCCUCUGCAAAGCUCACAGUGGAAAACCAGCAACGAACUGUUAAUAUUCUCAAAUAAAGAGUACCAUGAAGAAGUAGAUAAAAAAGUACAAAGAAAAAAAAACGGAGGUCACCUUUGUAAAAAUCAAAGUUGUGAAAGGACCCAGGAUACAUGUAGAAAUGAGCACUCUGAACUCUGUAGUUUUUCGGCCUCUCUUGCUCACAGCAUAACAAGAGAUGUUAAAAAAGAGCUGAUAGCACCUACAAUUGACAUGCCAAAAUCCUUAACAGAUUCUUGCCUUUUUGAAAAAUCUGGAUGUAUUGAAGAUACUGAAUAUCUUACUGAACCAGAGUUUCCUAAGUCUCUUCAGCCUUCGACACAAAAUCAUGGAUUUUACCAUAGUACAGAUAGCUUAAGUGGAUAUGGAUGUGGAGAGAAUAUUGUUCAAGCUAUAGAACAGUAUGCUAAAAAGGUAGUAGAUGAUACUUUAGAGCUAAGUCUAGGAUCCACAGUUUUCCAAGUGUCUGAGACCGCAAGGUCAGCAGAUAGGAUCACUUAUGCAGAAAAGUUGUCACCCCUUAUAAAUCAAGCUUGCAGAUAUUGUGACCUUAAAGAACUCCAUGAUUGUACUGGAAAUUCAUCUCAGCAGUUUUCCAAACAGGGUUCAUAUGCUACAAAUAAGCCAGUUUCAAAUACAAAAUUUAGCAACGUUUAUCGAAAAUCUAGAAUUUUUCAUCUUGAUGUCCCUCAAAUUCAUGUUAAUCUUGAUAAAAAGACAGUGCUUGCUGAGAAGAUAGUUGCUGAAGCUAUUGAAAAAGCAGAGAGAGAGCUGAGCAAUACCAGUUUGGCAGCUGAUAGUGGCAUUGGACAAGAUGGCAUUAGCUUUGCUGAAAGUCUUACCACAGAAAUAAUGACGUCAGCCAUGACGAAUGUUGGACAUGCCAUCAGCAGUUCAAAAGAAAUAGAGGACUUUCAAUCAAUUGAGUCAUUUGGUAGCCAGCAGAUGAAUCUCAGUAUUGGUGAUGACAGCACUGGUAGCUGGUCCAAUUUAAGUUUUGAGGAUGAACACCAGGAUGAAAGCAGCAGUUUUCAUCAUCUGAGUGAAAGUAAUGGUAACAGCAGUAGCUGGAGCAGUCUUGGUUUAGAAGGAGAUUUGUAUGAGGACAAUUUAUCCUUUCCAACAUCAGACAGUGAUGGAGAAGAUGAGAAAGAUGAAGAUCAUGAGGACAAUGUAGAAGGUUUGGAGCAAGAUGGAAAGAUUCUGCUAAUCACAAACAUUGACAUGGAGCCAUGCACAGUGGACCCCCAGUUGAGGAUUAUUCUUCAGUGGCUUGUUGCUUCUGAGGCUGAAGUUGCGGAGCUUUAUUUUCAUGAUUCUUCAAAGAAGGAGUUUGUAUUACUUUCAAAACGAUUACAAGAAAAAGGAUGGAAAGUGGGAGACGUCCUGCAGGCUGUGUUUAAAUACUACGAAGUGGUGGAAAAGGCUUCCACUGAGGAGAGAUGCAAGUCUCUGUUUGAUUGGCUCUUGGAAAAUGCAUAGAACAAAUCCCCAAACAGUAUAUUUUAUUAUUUGUUUUGGGAGGGGAAGAAACAGAUAAACAUACUUAGGAUAAAAUUUGAGUAGUUAAUAUUAACGUUUUAAGUAAAAUGGGAGGAAAGUAAAUAUAGCUUUUAAGUGCUUUCUGUCCUCACAGUGUAUAUAGUUCAUACUUUUGUAAUCUCUGUCAAAAUAUUAUCUUCACCUAUUCUGUAUGGUUGUGUAGUGUGUUAGGACCCUAAGAACGUGUAUGUGGAGGAAGGUCAACUGGGAGGCUUUCGGGGCAUUGUCUAACAGCAUUCUUUUUGCAUACACACAGUGCUGCUUGAAACUACACUGAGGUGGCUGAGGAGGAGUUUCCAUGAUAAAGAGAGUUUUGCUCUUUUGCAUACAAAUGGUAUCUGACUAAUGACUAUCUGACAUCAAAAGUAAAAUUGAGCCUUUUUUGAUUUCAGUAGAUUCAUAGGCUUUGGUCCUGCUUUUUUAAAAAUCAGUUUUAUUAACAUAGAUUAGCUAUUAGAAGUUUCUUGAUUUCCCCAAAUUUUAAUUUCUUAGUAAAUAACUUUAGUGUCUUAGGUUUUUGUAAACAUCAAAAACUAUAGUUUUCCCAGCCUUCCAUCAAAGGACAUUAUCUGCCAGUGCUGCAGAUUGUCCUGGCAUGAAAGUGAGUAUCUGUGUGUGUGUUUAAAGGAGAACUUGAAUCUUGCCAGUGGUUUUUUUCUUCUUCUUCUUUUUUUUUUUUUAUUUUUUAUUUUUUUUCUUAGUUAGAAACACCCUAUUUAACAUUAAAAAGGUGCUUCAAAAUAAAAUGCUUAUGAAGAUUGUGCAGUAAAAAUUUUUGUCUUUUAUUCUAUAAUUGAGGUUAAGGUUGCAAAACAUUCAAAUUUUUAAAAUUAAUGUUAAAUAUGGAAAUACAUUCAGAGGAGCCUAAUAAUGGUUUUCAUUGUUGAAUUUUUUUAAAAAACUCCCUCCUUUAUCAGGAAUUAUUUUUUUUCCUAGAAAAAUGGGGAUUUUCCAUCUUUCAAUGAAAUAUGUCUACUGUUUUGUAAAGUUUUGACAUGAUUUUUCUGGGCUCUCCAUUUCCUAAUACUUUGUCUUCAAAAACUGCAAGUUGACAUGAAUAAGAGGACUGAGAUUAUGUCUUGGUUUUGUAUGUGUGUGUUAGUAUGUGUAAGUUUUGGGUUCUUCUACUAGUGGAUUUUGUAAUUGAGGGUGAGUCACUUUCUGUGGGGGCUUUAAUUUUGUUCCAUUGCAUUUUCUUUUGUCCUGAGCACUGACAGUUCUGGAAGCUGUAGAAAACAUAGCAUCUGCCAGGGAGUAGGAAAUCAGGGCACUUACAUUAAUUCAAAUUAAAAAAUAUGGUAGAGAAAUGUGUUUUAUAAUGAAAGACUCAAAUUUGCUUUUUAAGAAAAAUGCCAAAAGCUAUUUAAAUAUUUUGAGGUUGUAUUGUAAGCUUUGGUUUUUCUCAGUUUAAAAUAACAGACACAGGGGAGGCUUUAAACAUAAUUUUCCUAAAGGUUUUUCAAGUAUUUUUAAAGAUGAAAAAGCAGGAAAUGUAUAACCAGAAUUGUUUCUGUCUGAGGCAGCACUGGAUUGAGUUUUAAAUGUUAGGACCAGGAAUGUUUGCUUUUGUUAACUGUAAGGUAGAUUAGUUGAUUAUCAAGUUUAGAUUGCAGUUUUACAAGUAACUUUCAAAUUGAUUUAGUAAUUUGGAUGUAUGUAUGGGUUUGAUUAACAGCAAAACUGAGUUCUGAAUUUCUUUUAAAAUAACAUGAUAAUAUAGUGUAGUUUUGUAAAACUGUUUGAAAAUGCUUAUUUCUGUUAAUAGAAUAAUCACUUUGAAGUAAGGUUUCCUCAUAUUCUUCUUUUUUUUUUUUUUGCUGGAGCUGUGCUGGGUUCAGAGUUCCUCUAUUUAACAAUUACCUGAUGACAGGCCAAUCAUUAGGUAUUAGCAUGUGUGGUAAUAAUAGUGGAACUCCAUACUUAAAUCAAUUCAGUGCAGGAGGAUAGAGAAAAUAUUAACUAUUGAUAGGUGUGAAAAGAGGUGUGGGUUCAGCAUACUUAUAUAGAGAGAAAAUGUUUGAGAAUAGAGCAGUAUCUCUUAAUUAAGUACAGUCUAAACUUUCUUUAAAAGCACUUUGUGACUUUCCAGAGACACUCUAGAUCUGUUUGGUUGCUCAGUCUUCAGAACAGCUGUGUUGAGGAUAGCUGUGUCUUAUUUUAUUACAAAUUGGUUUUGACAUAUUUAUAUGGUAACAUUGUAAUAUUGCCAUUCUGUUCAUUUUGGUCCUAAUGAAAUAUGUCUUUAGAACUGUUAAAAUUGUGUUGUGCAAUGAACUGAAUUCUUUUGCUUACCCAUUUUAAAAUUGUCCUGCCAACUGUGGAAAGAAAGUGAAUGACACCUUUGACAAGGAGUUUUCAGAAUAUUAUUUCAGACCUUUAUUAUUUCAGAAUAUUAUUUUGCUUGGCAAAAUAUGCUUUAGGAUGCACUAAAAUUUUGUUAGCAAUAGCUUAAAAAAAAAAAAAAGAAUACAAGUCUUUCAUGUAGUUCUUUCCCUAAGCCAAGUUUAAAUUACAUUUACAUUUUUGGUAUUAGUAAUGUUGAUACUGAAAAUAUUUCCUGAUUUAUUCAAAGGAUGAUUCAUUUAUAAAUUACAUAUGAAGGUAACUAUCUAUUGGAUGGUUUGAUAUGAUUUAAUGGUGUUAUAAAACAUUUGAGAGUGUUCACUCGGUGAUGAUAUGUGAUAUCUUUAUACUUUGAAACAUGUUCUACUUACCUUUCUAGAUAUUUGAUGUAAAUUAAACUCAAUUCAUAAUACAUUUAUUCUGCUUACAUAUGGGUUUUAUGUUGCUGUUAGGAGAAUUUAAUUCCCUAUUAAGUGCACCAUGUAUAAAGUGAAAGAUAGUUUGCCCAUUUGACAUUAGGUGACUUUGAUGUUAGGGCAUAUUUCUUAAAUGCCAAGUGUAAUCUUCAUUCAUCAUCAGAGUCCAGAUUCAAAUGUCUGCUUAAUUAUUUAGAUAAUAUUAUUCCACUUAAUAUCAUCAGUUUCCCAGCAGUAUAUCACUUUACAUUUUAUGUUUUUCAAAGAAAACUUUACACAGAAUUUUUUUAAAAUGUGAUGCAUCCAUACUCAGGGUAGGAAAAAUACUUUCCUUUAAAAACCCUGUCCACCUGUCAUCAGCACAAGAGAAUUAGAGCAACAGGAGAAAUUAGAAAAAUUGUACUGCAGAGUGAAAUGUAUUUUUUCUCAUUUUCAGCAAAAUCCCUGUGAGCAUUUACUCAUUUACUGUAUUCCUGCUGUGAAGAUGCAGAUGCAGUGUUAGUCACUCUUGUCACUUUAUUUAUUUAUUUGUUUACCAUCCAUGUACAUUCCUUUCAUAUGAAUAGAGUUGUGAUUCUAGAAGUUCUCAUUUUGUUUCUGUUGUAAUGUUGAAUACUAUUUAAUGCCCAGUUUUAAUAUUGCUGAAUUUGCUAACUUUGGUUAACUGUGCAGUGUUAAAAUAAUCCACAUUCUUGUUUAAUUACUAGAUAUAUAGCAAAAGCAGCCUUGAAUAAUUAUAGCUGUUUAUUUGGCUGUGCUCAGUUACUACAUUAUAAUCUUGUACUGUUUAAUUGUAACUUUUUUUCCCUCUUCAGUAAUUUAAUGUUUGCUUAUCAAAAUAUAAACUUUAAGAUGCACUAAAAUUUUGUUAGCAGUAGCUAAAAAAAAAUGUUUCAGAAAUUACUUUUGUAAUAAUUUGCAAUUAUUUGUUCUUUUAUCUUACAGUUGUU